AGCAGGGAAGUGAGGGAGGAUGUCUGCGCGCGUGCCGAAGAAAGGUGGGAAGAAGCUGGUUGCGGAGGGUGCGAAGAAAGCCGAUAAGAAGCGGAAAAGGAGCCGCAAAGAGUCUUACUCUAUUUAUGUCUACAAGGUGUUGAAGCAGGUCCAUCCGGACACGGGCAUUUCUUCUAAGGCCAUGAGUAUUAUGAAUUCCUUCGUGAGCGACCUUUUCGAGCGCAUCGCCGCAGAGGCGUCCCGCUUGGCUUUAUACAACAAAAGAUCGACCAUCAGCUCAAGAGAGAUCCAGACUGCGGUGCGCCUGCUGUUGCCUGGGGAGUUGGCGAAGCACGCCGUGUCCGAAGGCACUAAAGCUGUCACCAAAUACACCAGCUCUAAAUAAAGCUCUGCGUGCUGUGGCUGUGUUAAGGUGAAACCAUCCACCGAAUUAAGACCCAAAGGCCCUUUUAAGGGCCACCCACUUAUCUCAUAAAAGAGCUGCUCGUCGUAAGGGAAACUAGCCUAAUCAGGUAUCAGAGGGG